AGUCAGUUUAGCACCAAUCUUCCGAAGUGCGGGCGUCGGGGUGUUUAUUGAGGGGUUGGUGGAAUAGGGAGGCCAAAACGGGUUUAAGAGUCGGAGCAUGUGGGCAAAACUGAGGAUGCCGAGCUUAGCGAACUAUCAGGGAGAGGCAGGAAUAGGACGCGGGAUGUCAAUUUGAGAACCUGACCCGCAGAGCGCCGGUAGUGGUGGUCUCUCGCAGGCAAGUGUUUGAGUUAGAGAUGGACGAGGCAGCUGGUACGCUGGAGAAUCUGUGUCGCUUGGCCUAGGAUAGAUCUGCAAAAACACAGGAGAGGAGAUCCUCGGUGGAAGUGAAGAUUAAGGUCACGCAGUUUUUGAAGGAUAUGUGAGCUCUACAGAUUGUGAAGUUGAAGUUCGGAAGUAACUGGACGAUAGGUCUGUGUAGAUUCUCUGUCAUGUUGCGCCAUUUGUGGAAUGCGUUAUAGCAGGGGAGGCUGAGUCCUUGAAGUCGGACUGUGGCUGUGAAGCGUUAAGCGAGCUGGGACGCAGUCAUGAGCACCUCCCGGUUCAUCAAGUGCGUAACUGUCGGAGAUGGAGCUGUCGGGAAGACCUGCAUGCUCAUCUCAUAUACCAGCAAUACAUUCCCUACUGAUUACGUACCAACCGUGUUUGACAAUUUCAGCGCAAAUGUCGUGGUCGAUGGAAACACAGUCAAUCUCGGAUUAUGGGAUACAGCAGGUCAAGAAGAUUACAACAGACUUCGACCUCUGAGUUACAGAGGCGCUGAUGUUUUUCUUCUAGCAUUUUCUCUUAUCAGCAAGGCUAGUUAUGAAAAUAUCUCAAAGAAGUGGAUCCCUGAGCUCAGACACUAUGCGCCAUCGGUACCCAUCAUUCUCGUUGGGACGAAGCUAGAUCUUCGAGAUGAUAAACAGUUCUUUGCUGACCAUCCUGGAGCGGCUCCAAUUACAACCUCUCAAGGCGAGGAGCUCAGGAAGUCAAUUGGAGCGGCUUCGUAUAUUGAGUGUAGCUCGAAGACUCAACAGAAUGUGAAAGCAGUUUUUGAUGCAGCAAUCAAGGUGGUUCUUCAGCCACCCAAGCAGAAGAAGAAGAAAAAAAAACAAAAGAACUGUGUCAUACUCUGAACAUGGCAUGACAUUUCUCGACCGGACUCAGUUUUUGGAGCUGAUUAUAAGUAUUGACUUCUAGGUUCGUUCAUCCUUUGAUUACGUCCCAGUUGACAUCCAGCCGCGUAGAGUCAACGAGCGAUUUGCCACAGCCUUUGUGUGUCCACUUCUAUGGAAAUUGGGAUCACUUAAAGUGUAGUGUAUUCUUUUCUCCUACUGUUGAUUUGGUGAAGGAUAUAGGGAGUGAUUUUGUAGAUGGUGAUUUUGUAGGAGUUCUGUACCCCUGACCUACGGGGCUACCUUAUCUCCUAAAAAUGCUUUGGGUCAUUGGGUAUUUGACAAACUUCUGGUCCUCCUAAAGGGGGCUGCAGUGGGAGUCAUUGUAGACUUAUCAGGCAUUCACAAUGGAAACAUUCCCAUUUAAAUGCUUAUGCACUUUGUGUUGUGGGUUCUACUUUUGCUGAUUUUAAGUAAGAGGUAGGUAAUUUUAAGUUUUGUUC